AUGGUAUCCCACAUCAGACAGAUAUUGACUCUGACAACAGGUCUAGGUUCCAAUUAGAUGAUUUGGAUUCGAUCGUUUGCAAUUAAAUCUAGCUUGGUUCUUAGAAGCAUUCUCAUUCCAUUUUAUGAUUCCACUAUCGCUUUGUGUUUUAACCGGCAACAACUAUUUAUUCUUUCAUAAACGUUGCAGGAAAAGCCUCUUUCUUGACGUUUACUUCCUAUUAAAUCCGUCGAUGCGCAAAAAUGAGGCUUAGAUGUAAUCGCGUUUUAUGGUCCGAAAUGAAUACUGACAUUAGAAAGGUGGACACGCGCUUGCAUACAUUAUCAACAGAUAAAGUUUCACUGGUACAUAUUAUUCUCAUAAGUUGGUAUCAUGGACGGAUUUCUCGUGCCGAAUCAGAAAGUUUACUUUCUGGUAGUCCUAUCGGAAGUUUUCUAAUACGUGAAUCCGAUUUGUACAGUGGUGGUUUAACAUUAUGUGUUGUUGGACCUUCAUGUGAAGUCGGAAGCCCAAAUGCUACUGAACAGCAAAAUGCAACAGCGACACCUCCAAAUACUACGACUAAUGUACAGCACUAUCGCAUAGUCCGUAGGCCUUUUAAAGCUACCCCUCCUAACCAACAUUCCGAAUAUUCAACACCCCCAAUUUGCAGCAAAAUCCACUACACAUUAGACGAAACUGAUUGGUUUCCAAGCCUUUUAGAACUGGUUCAGUUUUAUUCGGAACCCAAACGCGGAUUAGUUUGUGCACUUCUUCAUCCAGUCCCAGAUAUGCAAAGAAAACGAUUAAGUGAACUGCAGAAACUUGGUUAUCUCAUUUUUCGCAAAGAAGUUGCAUUAAGUGAUCGUAUUGGGCGUGGAGAAUUCGGUGAAGUUCUUAAAGCUACUUAUCAUGGUCGACAAGUAGCGGUGAAAAUUUAUAAAAAGACUGCUUCUAAAUUGGCUAUAACCUAUGAAGCAUCACUUAUGACAAAAUUAAAUCAUCCUAAUUUAGUAUCAUUUAUUGGUUUAGUAUAUGAACCAGAUGAUGCAGUAUAUUUAAUUACAGAAUAUUUAGCUAAUGGUAGUUUACUCACUUAUUUACACUCUCGUACACGUGAUGAAAUUACAGAAUUAACCAAGUUGAAAUUUAGUAUUGAUGUUUGUCGUGGGCUAGUUUAUCUUGAAGAACGUGAUUUUAUUCAUCGAGAUAUAGCGGCUAGAAAUGUUCUACUAUCUGGACAAAUACCUAAUUUAAUUGCUAAAGUUGCCGAUUUCGGUAUGGCUAGAGAUUUACAUGAUUUGUCAAUUGUUCCUGGUGCUACAUCAAAUCAAGCGUCAAAAUUGAAUAAUAAUGCACCAACGUUAGUUAUUCUUAAUUCUCCAUCAAGUGAUACCAUUGAGAAAUAUCCUAAACCUGAUCAUGAAACUCAUCAUCAAUCCUUUGAGGCAGCUAAUAAUAAUAAUAAUAAUAAUAAUAAUAAUAAUAAUAAUAAUAAUAAUAAUAAUUCAUCUCAUAACUCUUUAAAUCCAAUGGUAUUACAUGAUAAUGCAGCAAUCCCUCUUAAAUGGACAGCUCCAGAAGCUGUACGCGAUCGGUUGUUUACAACAAAAUCAGAUGUUUGGAGUUUUGGCAUAUUAUUAUGGGAAAUUUAUUCUUAUGGACGUAUACCAUAUCCACGAAUGAUGGCUAAUCAAGUAUUACGUCAUAUUGAGUCUGGAUAUAGAAUGAAAUCUCCGGAAGAUUGUCCAUCUACAGUAUAUGCUUUAAUGUUACGUACAUGGCAAAGUGAACCAAGUAACAGACCAAGUUUUGUGGAAAUUUUGAAGGAACUCUUGAAAUUGCAUAAUACAACAUCUAAUAUGUGUAAUUCUACACUUAUUCCCCCUAUUCAUCCAUCGAAACUCACUCAUCCAGUGUCCAUUAGUGAUUCUACUGUGAACAAUUCUGUUUUAGAUAUGAAUAAAACAUUUAGUGACUCUGAUAGUACAACCCCUUGGGGUACCACUGGAAAUAAGACAACAACUGUGACAAAUAGUUACAACUCAAUGACGUAUAAAGGAUCUGAUAAUCGUGAAAAUCUACCAUUGAUGAAAAAACAAUCGAUUAAUUCAACAUCUAAUCGGCGUAAGUAUAAUCAACGACCUAAAACGUUAGCUGACUUGAUAUCUGAACCAUUAGAUAAUAAAACUAAUGAACAUGCAUAUCAUCAUAAUCAAUUACUUCAUAGAACAACUAAUUCAACAAUGAGUCGUUCAUUUACAUCAACUAUAACAACUAAAUUAUCAUCAGAUGAAUCUAAAAUGAAUUAUAAUUUACCAUUGGAUAAUUUAAAAUUAUAAAUUAUCUUCUUUAUUUCUUUUUGUUUCGUUGUAUCCAUGUUGUGUAUUUGUUCAGUUUGAGCGCCUUGUUUGUACAUUUGCUUAUUGGUUUCAAUUACAUAAUUUCUUAUUUAUUUAGAGAAAAUCUCUUUUGUCUGUGUUUUGAUGUUUUAGUUACGUAAUUAGUUAUUGUCUUUAUUAUACCUAUCAAUCCUAUUGCUUGUUAGUCUAUUAAUACUUAGAUCAGAUCACUGUAUUAUAUAUAUAUAUAUAU